AUGCUGUUUGCGGAUGAUUUUGUCGGUAUGUCGGACACCCCUGAGGGACUGCAACUGCAAAUUGACGCGGAGGAGAAGUUAACUGAUAAGUGGAGAUUGUCUGCGAACGUUCAGAAGAGUGCCGUCACGGUAUGCAACGAGAACAAGGAGGAACCAGUAGAACAUAGAUGGAAGUGGGGGAUCGAGGAGAUUGCAGUAGUGGACCAGU